UCCAAAAAUGGCUUCUAUUCGCUGUCGGCGAGACCCGUGUGGAUUCAUUUGUUUAUUGUUGACAUAUUUUAGCGUCUUCUAUGCCGAUUAUGUGGUUAUUCAAUAUGUGCUCAUCCCUGCUUACUCCGGAAGUGUGUGGUGCACGCUGCACGGUGCAGUGUUUAAUGUAAUAUUACUGCUGCUACUUGCAUGUCACUCAAAGGCUGUGUUCUCAGAUCCAGGUAUGGUGCCUCUGCCUGAGACGGCCAUUGACUUCUCUGACCUGAGAUCACAAUCCAGUCGCAUGAAUGAGAGGGGUUGUGAGGGAUGGACAGUGUGCAGCAGAUGUGAAACAUAUCGGCCACCUCGGGCACACCACUGCAAGGUCUGUCAACGUUGUAUCAGACGCAUGGACCACCACUGUCCCUGGAUAAACAAUUGUGUUGGAGAGCUCAACCAGAAAUAUUUCAUCCAGUUUCUCUUCUACACGGGCAUGGCCAGCCUGUACUCCUUGGUACUGGUGGUGUCAGCGUGGGUGUGGAGGAUCCGCAGUGAGCGGGAGGAAGACGGAGAGAAGGACAAAGAAGGGGAAGAGUCGCCCAGCAAACACCUCAUAGUGGCUCACUAUAUUAUUCUUCUGGUGGAGUCCAUUCUCUUUGGUGUGUUUGUAAUGGUCAUAUUUUACGAUCAGCUAGUGUCCAUAAUAACAGACGAGACGCCCAUUGAGCAGAUGAAGAACAAGCUCAUGAAGGACAGAGCCAACGGCGCCCCUCCGACACACAACACACACACGCGGAAGCCCAAACUAGCGCUGCUCCGAGAGGUCUUUGGAAGAGGGUCUGUGCUUUGUUGGCUGUUACCACUCCACUCUGCCCCUCCUUCCAUCGGAGGAAUCAGUUAUUCGGCUCUUCCUGACUACGAUGUGUGACACACACACACACACACACACACACA